AUGGUGCUUGAAUUUGAUUAUGGUGUUAAUACAGGAAAUCGUUUUCUUGAAUUUGUUGAUCACGAUGAAGAACCUGAAGUAUUUAUUGCUGCACAAACAAAAGAUGAAGUAAAACAAAAAAAAACUUCAACAAAAGAUGCAAAACAACCAACGAAAAAACCUACAACUAAAACAACAACUUUAACAACAACAACGGCGAAAACUAAUAAAGAAAAUUUAACUACUAAAUCAACUAAUGUUGAUCAACGACGACAACAAUCAGCUACUGUACCAGCUGUUUUUAGUGAUAAUAACAAUCAACAAAUACGUGGUGAUAGUGCUCGAGGCUCUCGUGGUGGUUCAAGAAGAGGUGGACCACCUUUUGAAGGUGCUGGUCGUGGACGUUCUCAACGUUUUAAUAAAUUCGAAGGACAAGGUUCAUCAUCAACAAAUGAACCAUCUUCAUUAGAUCAAGGUGGUGAUACAUGGAGUAAUGAAAUAGGAACUCGUGGUGGUGGUCGUGGACGUGGUGGACCAAGACGUGGUAAUUUUGAAGGAGGUCGUGGCGGUGGUAUUGGCCGAGGUCGUGGCCGUGGUGGACGUGGAAACUUCAAUAAUCGAAGUCAAGAAGAAGGUUCACAACAAGAAAAUAGUGGUUGGCAACAAACUGCUGAAUCAAAUUUCGAAAGUACUACUCGUCCACAACCAAAUCGUGAUUUGGAUCAAGAAGUAUCACCAGCAGAACGACCAUUUGAACCUGAUAAUACACGACGUAAUCCUCGAGGUAAUUUUCGUGGUCGAACAUUUCAUAGCAAUCGUAGCUAUGGCGAUCGUGAAAGUGUUGAAGGUGCUCAAGAUGAUUAUCGAGCUAAUCGUCGUCAAACUGAUCGUCAACCACGUUCAUUUGUUUCAGGUGUUAAACCAAUUGAGAAAAAAGAUGGUGAAGGUGCACAUAAUUGGGGUAAUCCAACAGAAAAUCCUGAAGAACAUCCAAUAACAGAUGAAACAACUGAAGCAACAGGAGCAACACCAAAAGAUUGGGCACAACAAGUUGAUGAAGCUGAAAAACAAAUGACAUUGGAUGAAUAUAAAAAACAACUUGAAGCAAAAAAACGUGCUUAUCAAGAAAAAUUACCACAAUUUAAUACACGUGUUGCUGGUGAAGGUGAAGAUCCAAAAAGUUGGCAUAAAUUUGAACAAGAAUAUCGAAAAAAAACUGAUGAUGAUGAUGAAGAAGAAGAUGAAGAUGAAGAUGGUAGUGGUAUUGAAGAAAAUGAAAGUGGUGAAGAAGUUGAAGAAGAACAUUUGAGUGGAAAGAAAAAAGUUAUUACAAUUCCACUUCGUUUUAAACCAAUCGAACUUUCUCGUGGUUCAGCUGGUUCAAGAGGUGGACAACGUCGGGGUGGAAAUCGUUUUCGACCAAAUCGUGAUGAACAACAAAGAUCUACUUCACCAACUCAAGGUCAAAGUUCACCAGCAUCUCAACAAUAUGAUGAACAACAAAGUUCAUAUCGAGGUGGACGUCGUGGUGGUGAUUAUCGUCGUCCUACUCGUGGUACUCGUCAAGGAGGUCGUGCUAACGCUGAUCCAAAUGCACCAGCACUUGACAAUCCAGAAGAUUUUCCUACUCUUCCCAAACAGUAA